AUGUCGUCCCCUUCGUCCUCUCUGCGCAAGAGAGGCGGACAGAAGGAGGCUACCACCGCAUUGCCUUCAGAUGAUGGCUCAAUGACUCCCGUGGCACCGGUCCCGGCCAAACAGAAGUCGGAAUGGGACUACUGGCUGGCCAUUUCUAUUCUGACCCUUCUGGCUUUCGCCACGCGAUUCUAUCGCAUUGAUUAUCCUAAUGAGGUUGUUUUUGAUGAGGUUCAUUUCGGAAAGUUCGCUUCUUAUUAUCUCCAACGUACCUAUUUCUUCGAUGUGCACCCGCCUUUUGGAAAGCUGCUCUUUGCCCUUAUGGGUUGGCUUAUCGGUUUCGAUGGAGGUUUCUUGUUCGAGAACAUUGGCGACUCGUACAUUGACAACAAUGUGCCCUACCUGUCCCUUCGUGCUAUGCCCGCUACCCUCGGCGCUUUGACAAUUCCCGUGGUCUUCCUCAUUAUGUGGGAGUCUGGUUACUCCCUGCCGGCGUGCGUGCUGGCUGCUGGUUUAAUGGUGUUUGACAACGCUCACGUGGGUGAGGACCGACUCAUCCUCUUGGACUCCACCCUCGUAUUGUCAAUGGCCCUCAGUAUUCUGUGCUACGUCCGAUUCUAUAAGCUGCGUCACGAGCCAUUUGGCCGAAAGUGGUGGAAAUGGCUGCUCCUGACCGGCUUCUGCAUGAGCUGUGUCAUCUCCACCAAGUACGUCGGAGUCUUCACUUUCGUGACCAUCGGUGCGGCAGUUCUCAUUGACUUGUGGAAUCUGUUGGACAUCAACCGCGAACAGGGAGCCCUCAGUAUGAUCACCUGGGUCAAGCACUUUAUGGCUCGCGCUGUUGGAUUGGUUGUCAUUCCCUUCAUGUUCUACUUGUUCUGGUUCCAGGUCCACUUCACCAUUCUCAAUCGGUCUGGUCCCGGUGAUGACUUCAUGUCUCCCGAGUUCCAGGAGACUCUGAGUGACAACCAGAUGACUGCUCAGUCCGUUGGCGUCCAAUACUUCGACACCAUUACUAUGCGCCACAAGGACACCAAGGUGUACCUGCACAGCCACUGGGAUACCUACCCCCUGCGUUAUGAUGAUGGCCGCAUCUCCAGCCAGGGUCAGCAGGUCACUGGUUACCCUCACAACGAUACCAACAACCAAUGGCAGAUCCUGCCAGGGGAGCAUCUGGUGGACACAACUGAGCCCCAGAAAGUGCGGAACGGCGAUGUUAUUCAACUUCGCCAUGUUGGCACCGACAGUUUCCUUCUGACUCACGACGUUGCAUCCCCGUUCUAUCCGACCAACCAGGAGUUUACCACGGUUUCGCAAGAACUGGCUGAGGGCGAGCGCCACAACGACACCCUGUUCGAGCUCAGGAUCGAGUCGGCCAAGUCUACCCAGGAGUUCCGCACCCUUGCCAGCCUGUUCAAACUGGUUCACGUCCCCACUCGCGUCGCCAUGUGGACUCACACGACCCCGCUGCCGGAUUGGGGCUACAAGCAGGCCGAAAUUAAUGGUAACAAGAAUCUCCUCCAGUCCAGCAACACGUGGUACGUCGAGAGUGUUGAGAACUUGGAGCCCGACAGCCCUCGUCUGGCCAAGGAGGAGCGCAAGGUCAAGACCCUGCCCUUCCUGCGCAAGUACUUUGAGCUGCAGGGUGCCAUGUUCCACCACAACAAUGCCCUGACCAGCAGCCACCCCUAUGCUACUGAGCCCUUCCAGUGGCCGUUCCUGUUGCGAGGUGUGAGCUUCUGGACCAAGAACGAUACCCGUGAGCAGAUCUAUUUCUUGGGUAACCCCAUCGGAUGGUGGAUUGCUAGCAGCAUUCUGGCCGUAUUUGCUGGCAUUGUUGGCGCUGACCAGCUCUCGCUUCGCCGUGGUGUUGACGCAUUGGAAGAAAUCUGGGGCCCUGGUACCCGCUCGCGUCUGUACAACAGCACCGGGUUCUUGUUCCUGUGCUGGGCUGCGCAUUAUUUCCCCUUCUGGUUGAUGGGUCGCCAGCGCUUCCUGCAUCACUACCUGCCCUCGCAUCUGGCCUCCACCAUGGUGUGCGGCGCGCUGAUUGAAUUUAUUUUCAACGUGCAGCCGCUCGACCCUCGCACUGCACUUCCUCCGGUCGAUGACCCCACUGGCAAGUCCAAGGCCCGAUCGCUCCGCAGCCUGCGCCGCUUCAUCACGGCCAAAGAACGCAUGGGCUGCCGGUCGCUCAUCGCGGGCUGGAUUGCCACCCUUGUCAUUUUGGUGGCCACCAUCUGGGGCUUCCUCUUCUAUGCGCCCUUGACCUACGGUACCCCCGGUCUCGACGUGGCGGGCGUCAAUGCGCGCAAGUGGCUGAACUACGACCUGCACUUCGCUAAAUAA